UUCUAAGGUACUAAAAUUCAAAAUAGAAUUUUUUAAUUUCAGAAUUAGAAAAUUCUAGAGUUUCAAAAAGACAAAAUUUUAGAAUUUUGCAAAUGGAAAUGUUUGCUGUUCAUGACAGUGGAACACCAGUCGGUGAACACUGGAAACCAAGCUACAUUUCAAUGAACGAGCACCUUUUGUGCCAACAAAGUUGAGAAGCAGAUUCUCUGCGACAAUGUCCUGUAACAUCUGUCGCUUCUCAAAGAUUCCACGCUAACAAUAACAUCAAUUCAUAACUUAUAGUGAAUCAAUGAUUGACAUCAAUGCACUACCAUUCAAAAGUUUGAAAACAGUUGUAUCUUUUGUUAAGUCUUGAAGAGUGGAAAUAGAAAAUUUAAUUAAAACUAUGGCUCUCUCCAUGGUCCGCCGACAGUAUUAAACAAGUAAUCUUUUGUUAAUAUAUUGGAAGCAAUCAUUAAUUAGUAAAAUAUAGUAGUACACAAACCUGAUUUGAUUUGAUACAUCAAUUAAAAAUUUGAAAUAUAACAAAAGUUGCUAUUGAGCCACCACGAAACAUUUCAAUAAAGAAAAUGUAUAAGAAAAGCAAAGAUUUCUAUACAGGUACCAUUUACAAUUCGGCGUUGCGUCACUUAAACUGGAGCCAGUUCAUCGAGAAACAUAUUGAAAAGUAAAAGUUACGUAAUUUAUAUUGCAAACCGAAUGUAAUGAUAGGUUUCCUUGGGGUUACGCAAUUUAUUACGUAAAUUCUGUUAUCGUGGUAUCAAAUGGUUUCGAUAUUUGUCCCACGAGUCACACUGUCACGUUUCUCUCAGCUCUGGAUGAUAAAUUUCUUUCCAAUAAUGUAAUUCGAAGGAAUUCAAAAGAUAAUAAUAUUUAAUAUCUUUAAAAUUCGAAGAGUAUCCAAUUGCUGUUUUUAUCUAUUUUAAUCCUUGAACAGCGGAGUUUGAAAUGAAAUUAAGGCUCUCUCCAUGGUCCGCCAUCUGAGAAUUAAAACGAAACAGACUGAUAAUUUGAUAAUCAGAGCAAAAGAAGAAAGGAAAGUCUACUCCUUUUUGCCUUGCAAUCGAUCAGAAGAGAUGAAUCCAUAUAUUUAAUCAAAAGCCAUUUUUUGAAACAAUCAAGGCCAACACGUUAGUAUAUCCCGAGACCUGAACGAUCGAGGAGCUUAGAAACUGUGUUGAUCGCACACCGGGACGAUAACUCUUAACAAAGAGGUCUGCUGGUGUUACGCGCGUUAAUCUGCUAUCAGUGUUGCAUUAACCAGCUAAAGAUAACACGUUCCUUGGGAAACAAAGAGGACGAGGGUAGAACAAUGAGAAUCAGCGAAGGAAAUCCUGUGGGGAGCAGUAGGUUUUCUCCAGAACCGAUGACCGCUUCCACCGGAAGUUCGGACGACGAAUCGCCGACAAUUCCAGAGACUUCCCUUCCCCUGACCACAUUUUCCGUCGAGGAUUGUGUUUACAGAGGCGAAGGGAAUGCUAAUGUUGUUAUUGCACUGCCUCAAGAGCGUAAAGUAAUUCGAUUCCGGAAGUCGGUGCCGGACGAUGUUUCACCGGAUGGCGGUAAACAACGAGUCGAACGAGAAGUGAAAUUCGUGAGAUUCGUGGCUUCCUGCUUUUUGGGCCCGUACACGCAAAUCCCUGAGAUACUUCGUUACGAUAUGAAAGACAUCGUCAGAUUAUCAGAAGCCAUACGACCACUACGACCAGAUAAACGUUGCCACAAAGAAAUCAGCGAGACGUAUGCCACAAAGUUUCCAGAUUACACGUUUCUUCAAACAAAAGUUGAUCCUAAACUAUUCCGAAGCAAGCAAACGUUCUGCGUUGAAAUUAAACCAAAACAGGGAUAUUUAAGAGAUGAUUGGAAGUUUCAAAAAUGCCCUUAUUGUCUAACACAGUAUCAUAAGCUCAAAAAGAAGGUCAUCGCAGCUCGUAGUACUUAUUGCCCAUUUGAUCUCUUUUCUGGAGUUGAGGAACGCAUGAAAUCUGCACUGGAAGGAUUAUUGAAAUCACCACAAAACAAUUUAAAGAUUUUUAAGGAUGGCAUUAUUGUUUAUGAUCAAGAAUCAUCUUUGAACAACCUUGAAGGUGUUUUGAAAGAAUGCUUUCAAAAUUCUACAGCAGAUACGAACAAAGAAUAUAUCAACAAAUUGUGUAAUUUACUUUGCACUGCUCUCUUACAUUCAUUUCGUUCGGAAGAACUGAGAUUAAACUCUACUGUGUACGAACUAUAUUCCUCUUAUGAACAAGACUUGAAGUCAACCUUGCAUAUUAAUUCAGAUAUAGUUGCAAAAGCUAAGAAACUUUUGUAUUUCACCGGGGAGGCCUGCAAUACGAAGGGCGUAACACUGCCAACUGAUUCGGUCCUGGAACGAAUUCUUUGUAUGCAAAGAUUACCAUUUGUUAGUUCAGAAUUUGUUUAUAAUACAUACGUUAAAUUUUGUUCAUUAAUAACCAAUGAUAUACUAUAUUUUAAUUUAUUAAAUGUACAUAAACCUGAUGAGCAUUGGAUAUACUUUUACAAUCAGAAAAAUACUGUAACGGAGAAUUUAGAAACACUGAAAAUACGUGCCAAAAAUGCUUCAGUUUCAAAUGAAUCAAAAUUUGAUGACGACAACAAUGGCAACAAAUUAAUUCAGUUUAGGGAUAAAAAACCUGAUGAAAAUGUUCGUCUUGUAUCAAAAUCAAGUUUACCUCCAAUUUAUUGCAAGAAGAAUAACCUAAUCUAUAAUAAAUUUAGCGUAAUAUAUAAUGAGGAAAAUAAACAUUGUAAUAAUGAAAAAGAAACAGAUUUAAUAAACACUGAAAGUAUAUUAUGCUUACAGAAUUAUCUUCUGUUUUCAUGUGCCAGAGAUUGCUCAAUAUUAAUAGCAUUUCGAGAAUUAAAUCCGGAUUCAGUAUCGUUUGUCUCUGAUGGAAAUGUAUUACAACUUUCCGAUGGACUCAGCUUCGUUUGUAAUAUCGGAAUUUCAGAUUUAGAUCCAAAAAAUCUUCACUGUAUCGAAAAACACUGCCAACGAGAUACCAACGUCUUAAAUUCAGUGAUUUCCGUUCUUGAAGAAGAACUUACAAUUAAAAAUCAAUUGUCAUCCGAAACUCAAUCACUGCAGUAGCAGUUAAUACUUAAAUUAAUUUUAACAAAUUUUUACUAUGUGACGAUUCUAUAUUUGACACUUUUAGAAACAUUCUGUAUUAAGAAAUGAAAUUAAUUGAAUAAUUUAAUAGCAACUUAAUAAAUUUGUUAUAU